CCAUCACUGUCCUAGUGUGUUGGUUGCUGCCAUAUUCAGGGACUUGCCAUGUCUGUUCUGGCCAGUCCUCCUAGGCUGGGCUUCUCUGGUAGGGCAGUCCAUUUGUGAUCCUGGCCUGGGCGGCUCCCCACUUACAGGAAACCCCACCAUUUCAACAAGAGGAAUUUAGGCUGCGUCAUUUCCAGCUUCCUGCCUGGGCUGCCGGUGAUGGCUGGAGGCAGCCCCCUGGCCCAGUGGUGUUGGGGAGUGGGGGAGGGAGCUUUUCACGCCUGGAGUGUCUCACUCCUUGGGUGAAGCCAACACUCAAGUGUGCCUUAGGGCCGCCUGUCUGGGCUCCUUCCUCUUGGGCCCCUGGAAUGAGCUCCCAAGAAGGUGUAUAGUGAGCGCCUUGUGUUUUCCUGUUGCCUUGUUUUGGGGAGGUGGGGGAUCCCUGACUCAAAAAGCUGAGUCCCUCUGUCACUUCCUGUCCCCAUGCUAUGAGGGGCUACUUGCAGUGAGCAGAGCUCAUGCUGCACCCUGACUCAGUCUCCUCAGGAUUCUCGCGGGGACUUUGAUGAAGUCCUUUCGGGGGAAGGGUCUGAGAAUCAGCUUCUGGUUGGAGAGGCUCUCGUUACUCCUGAGCCCGUUACUCCUGAGCCCCGGCAGAGCGCCAGCCUCCCCUCCUGGGACAGGGCUUCCUGAGACAGGCGGGGUCUGGGCAGAGCACAGUGUCCUGGGAGAAGGCUCCCUGCCCCCACUCUCCAGUGGCACACAAUGGCUGCUUUCUCCCCCGUGACCUUUCCACAGCCUGAGCUGCAUGCAGCUGUCUCCUCCCCCUCUCCCAAGGGGCCUGGGAUGGGUGGCAUCGCCCCUGCCCUUGAGAAGGACCCCAGGAGCUCCCACCCUGUCCUGGCCCCCUUCUUGUUUCCAAAGUUCACUUCUCAAGGAGUGGAGAGAGGUUCCCAGAGCCCCCUUGUCCCCUGGGGGCUGUCCCCUGAAGGACAGAGGCACAGGGACAGCAGCGGUCUGGACAUGGCACCGUCUCUGGCAUCUAAGUGCCUGGGUCCGUAUCCCAGCACUCCCACUCACUGGCUGUGUGACCUUGUGCAAGUGCGCUAACCUUUCUUGAGAUGCUAUUUCCUCAGUGGUAGCCUUUCCUACCUGGCCUGACAGUUGUGAGAGGCAUCAUACGUACAGCAUCCAGUGGCACAUAGUGGGUGCUCAGUCAGCGUCGGUUCCUCUGCUCUCCCCAUCCCCCUUAAGAGGAAUUCCAUCAGUGAUGGUGACAGGAGGCUCAGGCAUGCAAAGGCCUCUGCCUGGGCAGGAUAAGGGCAGAGUCGGGUGUCCCUGGGGGUUGCAAUGGGUCCGGCAGGUGGGCCAUUAGCUCCAACAGAAGUCUGGGUGCAGGAGAGAUGUGGCACUGACCCAGACACAGGAGGAGUGCCUAGGGAUGAGUGGUGUGGAAACAUCGGGGUUCCGUCCCCUAGGGGAUCCCUGCUUCCCUGGGGAAGGGCUAGGGUAGCAGUCUUGUUCCCUGGGGAAGGCUGUGGGAAUGAUAGUGGUGACUGCAGGACAGGAAACCAUGCCCGCUGAGUAGGCCCUGGGGACCACACCUUCCCAGAGGCCAACUAUGUGUAGGAAAGGGCUUGGCUGUGUCAGUCGCCAGCUGCGAGCCUGUGUGGAAAUCCCUCACUGCCUUAGCUCAGCUUCCUCAUCAGUCGCCUGUGCCUGCUGAUGUCCCAGUUUCCUAGCUCGGAGGGACCAAACCCUGGCUGGGCCUCCAUCAGCAGGGGUGUGCUGGUGUGUGACGAGUGCUGCAGUGUGCACCGGAGCCUGGGACGCCACAUUUCCAUUGUCAAGCACCUUCGCCACAGCGCCUGGCCUCCCACGCUCCUGCAGAUGGUGCACACACUCGCCAGCAACGGGGCCAACUCCAUCUGGGAGCAUUCCCUGCUGGACCCCGCACAAGUGCAGAGCGGCCGGCGCAAAGCCAACCCCCAAGACAAAGUCCACCCCAUCAAGUCAGAGUUCAUCAGGGCCAAGUACCAGAUGCUGGCAUUUGUGCACAAGCUUCCCUGCCGGGAUGACGAUGGGGUCACCGCCAAAGACCUCAGCAAGCAACUGCAUUCAAGCGUGCGGACAGGCAACUUGGAGACAUGUCUACGCCUGCUGUCCCUGGGUGCCCAGGCCAACUUCUUCCACCCAGAGAAGGGCACCACGCCUCUGCACGUGGCUGCCAAGGCCGGGCAGACGCUGCAGGCCGAGCUUCUUGUAGUGUAUGGGGCUGAUCCUGGCUCUCCUGACGUUAAUGGCCGAACACCCAUUGACUAUGCCAGGCAGGCGGGGCACCAUGAGCUGGCAGAAAGGCUAGUCGAGUGCCAGUAUGAGCUCACUGACCGGUUGGCCUUCUAUCUCUGUGGACGAAAGCCUGAUCACAAGAAUGGGCAUUAUAUCAUCCCACAGAUGGCCGAUAGAUCUCGGCAAAAGUGCAUGUCUCAGAGCCUGGACCUGUCUGAGUUGGCCAAAGCUGCCAAGAAGAAGCUACAGGCGCUCAGCAACCGGCUUUUUGAGGAACUUGCGAUGGACGUGUAUGAUGAGGUGGAUCGCAGAGAAAAUGACGCUGUGUGGCUGGCUACCCAGAACCACAGCACCCUGGUGACAGAGCGCAGUGCUGUGCCCUUCCUGCCUGUCAACCCUGAGUACUCAGCCACGCGGAACCAGGGGCGUCAGAAGUUGGCCCGCUUUAACGCCCGAGAGUUUGCCACCUUGAUCAUCGACAUUCUCAGCGAGGCCAAGCGGAGACAGCAGGGCAAGAGCCUGAGCAGCCCCACAGACAACCUCGAGCUGUCUGUGCGGAGCCAGAGUGACCUCGACGACCAGCACGACUACGACAGCGUGGCCUCGGACGAGGACACCGACCAGGAGCCUCUGCGCAGCGCCGGUGCCACGCGGAACAACCGUGCUCGGAGCAUGGAUUCCUCAGACCUGUCUGAUGGGGCCGUGACGCUGCAGGAGUACCUGGAGCUAAAGAAGGCCCUGGCUACCUCCGAGGCCAAGGUGCAGCAGCUCAUGAAGGUCAACAGUAGCUUGAGUGACGAGCUCCGAAGGCUGCAGAGGGAGAUCCAUAAGCUGCAGGCAGAGAACUUGCAGAUCCGGCAGCCGCCAGGGCCGGUGCCCACGCCCCCCCUUCCCAGUGAACGGGCAGAACACUCAUCCAUGGGGCCCUGUGGGAGUGCCCACCGCAGAGACCGCCAGGCCUUCUCCAUGUAUGAACCAGGCUCAGCCCUGAAGCCCUUUGGGGGCCCCCCUGGGGACGAGCUCGCCACCCGGCUGCAGCCUUUCCACAGCACUGAGCUGGAGGAUGACGCCAUCUAUUCCGUGCACGGCCCUGCCGGCCUUUACCGGAUCCGGAAGGGGGUUUCAGCCUCAGCUGUGCCCUUCACUCCCCCCUCCCCACUGCUGUCGUGCUCCCAGGAAGGAAGCCGCCACGCGAGCAAACUUUCCCGCCACGGCAGCGGUGCUGACAGCGACUAUGAAAACACGCAGAGUGGGGACCCCCUGCUUGGACUGGAAGGGAAGAGGUUUCUAGAGCUGGGCAAGGAGGAGGACUUCCACCCAGAGCUGGAAAGCCUGGAUGGAGACCUGGACCCCGGGCUUCCCAGCACAGAGGACGUCAUCCUGAAGACGGAGCAGGUCACCAAGAACAUUCAGGAAUUGUUGCGGGCUGCCCAGGAGUUCAAGCAUGACAGCUUUGUGCCCUGUUCAGAGAAGAUCCAUUUGGCUGUGACUGAGAUGGCCUCUCUCUUCCCAAAGAGACCAGCCCUGGAGCCCGUGCGCAGCUCCCUGCGGCUGCUCAACGCCAGCGCCUACCGGCUGCAGAGCGAGUGCCGGAAGACAGUGCCUCCGGAGCCCGGAGCUCCUGUGGACUUCCAGCUGCUGACUCAGCAGGUGAUCCAGUGCGCCUAUGACAUUGCCAAGGCUGCCAAGCAGCUGGUCACCAUCACCACCCGAGAGAAGAAGCAGUGACCACUCUCCCUACACCCUCACCUACACCCUGGGACCUCACUGGCCAUGGGAGAUGGGCCACUCCAGACACUAAUCCCCACCCCAGCCAAGUGCCCUUAGUGCUGCCACUCUCCCCUGGCAGCCAGGCACCCUGGUGCCCGCCCCCCUCCAGCCCCCAAGGAUGGGGAGGUGGGGUGGCAGGAGCUCCUGUCCCCCACAUUCCACUCACCUCCCCCUGUACAUAGCGUCCCCUCCCCUUCUAGCCUGCAGGGGCCUGUAAGGCAUCACUCCCAGCCCCUUGCCCUCCAGGGCACCCUCCGCAGGGCGUCUGGAGGGGACACUCCAAGUGGGGCGGUUCCCUCACAUGCAUCCCACCCCCAUGAGCCAGUUCAGUCCUGUUGGGGGCUGAGUGGGGGCACCCCCUCCUUUGUACAUAAUCUCUGUGGAUGUCCCCGUCCUGUAGCCACCAGCCCCCAUGCUGCUCUCCUUCAAUGCCAAAUGGCCCCACCUGUGUCCCGGGGUCCCCAGCAGCAAACACUGGAAAUCUUUUUCUUCUUUUCUCUUUCCACCCUUAAUGUUAACGUCGUGGUAGCUAAGUGUCCCUGCGUGUGAGUGUGGGGCGGCGGUGCCGUUCCAGAGGCCUGGUCCAUACGGAGUUUUGUGAGGGUGAGGGGACCAGUGUGGGGGGCAGCCCCUCUCACCACCCUGGGGCCAGGGACUGCCAGAGUAACCAACUGGGGUCCUGCCCACUGCCUCCCCUCAUCACUCCCACCACUCGUACCCCUUUCUCUAUCAACUUAAAUGAAAACCACUCCCCUCUACCUGCCCUCCCUUUCCCUGUGGAGGGGGAGUGUGCUGGCUGGGGCAGAGAACUGAGCGCCUGAGCCUGGGGCUGGCUCCCCAGGGUCCCCGACUCAGCUGAGAGGCCCCUCCCUACAACCUCUGAGAGGCUAGCACCUGUGCCUGCGGUGUCUGGGGACCUGGACCUGGGCCGCAGCCUGGGAGGCUGGAGAGGCAGAUGGCCGCGCCCACCAGCUCCUCUCCUGUCCUGCCUCUGCCCCAGGGCCAGGCUCUACCUGUAUGGUGGUGGGUGGGCUGACUGUCAAGAUGUGUAUCAUGUACAUUUGUAUCAAAAAUAAAUAAGUGAUCAUG